GAAAUGGCGGAAGACACAUUGUAUCUUCAACUGCACAAGCUUUCAGCAGUAAACUCAGAGGAAAUACUUGACCAAAUUCUAACAACUCUCUGGAAAACCCGAAGAUCCGGUCUUAGCCCGCCCGACAAGUCUCGGAUUCAGUCUCUCCUCUCUCUCCCUUCCCUCUCCGAACUCGACCCCGUAUUGGCAUGUCUACGUUCGCUCAUCAGGAAAUGUGUGCAUGAAAAUUUCAAUGGCGAUGAUCUUCUGAAGCUGUUUCCACCUGAUUUGCCACUUGAUUUGCAAAGCACUCUAAUUCUGUUGUUUCAGAAGUAUCAAAGUCAGUGGAAGGAGGAACUAUCGAAAGAACAGCAUCCACUGCCAAGGACCAGUCUUUCCUAUCAGGUAAAAGCAAGCGCACCAUCAUCUUUCACACCAUUGUCAUCUUCUGAUAUUCCAACAUCCUUGUGGCCUCGUCAAGAUGAUCCCAUUACCCGCAUUAAUCUCAGUGAUUUUGGGGCUUCUACACCAAUCAUUGCUGAUACUGCUGGGUCACAUUUGGCUCCCUUGUCAAUACAACAGGAUGAUGGUCCUCCAGACAAUCUGGAAGUCCUACCCCGCCUUAAAUCAAUGACAUGGACCAUGGAGAAUCUCAACUCAGCACCAGCCAAUAGAGUGGCUAUUAUCCAUCUUAAGCUCCAAGAUUACACCAAGUCUGCUUCAGGAGAGAUAGAAGUGAAGUUUCAGCUGACUAAAGACACACUGGAAGCUAUGUUGAGAUCAAUGACUUAUAUCAGUGAACAACUCUCAAAGAUGGCUGAGACGUCCUUGGAGCCGACACAGAAAAAGCCAAAGCAAUAGGACUGUGCAGUCUUAGUCUGUUUCUUUUCUCUUUCUCGUUGUAUGCCAAUUAUCUAUAGAUUCAUGUAUAAUUAUCAGCUAAUCUAACAUGUUCUCAAGAACGAGUUAGAAUUCAUCUUAGCAAGCAUGUUGUUGACUGUUGACAGUCUCAAUUGCAAUUCUUCCUUCUAUAGAUGAA